GUUUGAAUCAAGGAACUUGGAGCUCAGCGUCACAUACAAUAUCCGCACUCUCUUUCCUCUCAAAAUCUUCAGCUGGGCAUCUGAGGAAAAUAGGGAAACUUGGACAUUUAUUCAGAUUGUAUAUAAUUCCAAAAAGUAGUUUUGAGAAAAAAUGGAUGAUUACUUGAAGAUAGAGAAAAUCGGUGAAGGUACAUAUGGUGUGGUGUAUAAAGGCAGGAAUAAAACCACUGGGCAGGUGGUGGCCAUGAAGAAAAUCCGUCUGGAAAGUGAGGAAGAGGGGGUGCCCAGCACUGCGGUCAGAGAGAUCUCCCUCCUCAAGGAGCUCCAGCACCCCAACGUUGUAUGCCUGUUAGAUGUACUGAUGCAGGAAUCAAAGUUGUACCUGGUGUUCGAGUUUCUGUCCAUGGAUCUAAAGAAGUACUUGGACUCUAUUGGAUCAGGCCAAUAUAUGGACCCCAUGCUGGUUAAGAGUUACCUGUAUCAGAUUCUCGAGGGGAUUCUGUUCUGCCACUGUCGUAGGGUUCUGCAUCGUGAUCUGAAGCCGCAGAACCUGCUGAUUGAUAAUAAAGGUGUGAUUAAGCUGGCAGACUUCGGGCUGGCACGUGCCUUUGGAGUGCCAGUCAGAGUAUACACACAUGAGGUGGUCACUCUAUGGUACAGAGCUCCAGAGGUGUUGCUGGGGGCCUCGCGCUAUUCCACGCCUGUAGACGUCUGGAGUAUUGGUACCAUCUUUGCUGAACUUGCCACUAAGAAACCGCUCUUCCAUGGAGACUCAGAAAUAGACCAGCUCUUCAGGAUCUUCAGGACACUGGGAACCCCUAAUAAUGAGGUUUGGCCAGAUGUUGAGUCACUGCCAGAUUAUAAGAAUACCUUCCCAAAGUGGAAAUCUGGGAAUCUGGCCAACACAGUGAAAAACCUGGACAAGAAUGGCAUUGACCUGCUCUCGAAAAUGCUGAUUUAUGACCCACCGAAGAGGAUUUCUGCACGGCAAGCAAUGACACACCCCUAUUUUGACGAUCUGGAUAAAAGCACUCUUCCCGCCAGUAACCUCAAAAUAUAAACGCACAUCAAAGAUCUUAUAUUUCCCACUCCAUUGGGAAAUGGAUUUAUAUUACACAUGUUUUACACAUACAUGAUCCAAUGCAGUGUAAGUUCAGGGGUCAUAAUGAAUCUAACUCUAAAAUUCCUGGAGUUGUUUCUUAAUCCAGAAUGCAAAGAGAGGUGUUGGGUUGAUUCUGGAGGUGUAGACUCACUACUUCAACCUGCAGUAAUGCAAUCCGAGUCUUUUGACACGCAAUAAUUAACCUUAAGUUAGUUUGUUUAAAUGGGUGGUUUUCUACAUUUGUUUGUCUGUUUUUUGUAUGUCUUUUCCUAUCCUAUUUUAUAUGUUACAUAAAACACUUGUUUGUAAAUAAAAUGUUUUGUUUUUUGUGAACCUAAAGUAAAAUAUUAAAAUAAUAAAUUGUGUUCUCAUUAAAGAGCACUUCGUAGGAUCCCGUUUUGGAAUGAUGUCUUCUGUCAGUGAGAAAUUAAGAGUUAGCUUUCAUGAGAGUAUAAGCUGGAAGGUAACUUAUAUAUAUAUAAACUCAGCAAAAAAAGAAAAGUCCCUUUUUCAGGACACUGUAUUUUAAAGAUAAUUUUGUAAAAAUCCAAAUAACUUUACAGAUUUUUAUUGUAAAGGGUUUAAACAAUGUUUUCCAUGCUUGUUCAAUGAACCAUAAACAAUUAAUGAACCAAUGACUUGUGGAACGGUCAUUAAGACACUAACAGCUUACAGACAGUAGGCAAUUAAGGUCAGUUAUAAAAACUUAGGACACUAAAGAGACCUUUCUACUGACUCUGAAAAACACCAAUAGAAAGAUGCCCAGGGUCCCUGCUCAUCUGUGUGAACGUGUCUGAGGCAUGCUGCAUGAGGACUGCAGAUGUGGCCAGGGCUAUAAAUUGCAAUGUCUGUACUGUGAGACGCCUAAGGCAGGGAUACGGGAAGUACAUCCGAAUAUCACAUCUGCUGGACAGGUACAAGAUGGCAACAACAAAUGCUUGAGUUACACCAGGAACGUACAGUCCCUCCAUCAGUGUUCAGACUUUCCGCAUUAGGCUGAGAGAGGCUGGACUGAGGGCUUGUAGGCCUGUUGUAAGGUAGGUCCUUACCAGACAUCACCGGCAACAACGUCGCCUAUGGGCACAAACCCACCUUCGCUAGACCAGACAGGAUUGGCAAAAAGUGCUCUUCACUGACAAGCCACGGGUUUAUCUCACCAGGGGUGAUCGCGUUUAUCGUCGAAGGAAUGAGCGUUACACUGAGGCCUGUACUCUGGAGCGUGGAGGGUCUGUCAUGGUCUGGGGCGACGUGUCACAGCAUCAUCGGACUGGCUUGUCAUUACAGGCAAUCUCGAGGCUGUGCAUUACAGGAAAGGCAUCCUUCUCCCUCAUGUGAUAUCCUUCCUGCAGGCUCAUCCUGACAUGACCCUCCAGCAUGACAAUGCCACCAGCUAUACUACUUGUUCUGUGCGUGAUUUCCUGCAAGACAGGAAUGUCAGUGUCAUGUUCUGCCAUGGCCAGCGAAGAGCCCGGAUCUCAAUCCCACUGAGCACAUCUGGGACCUGUUGGAUCGUGAGUGUGAGGGCUAGGGCCAUUCCCCCCAGAAAUGUCCUGGAACUUGCAAGUGCCUUGGCGGAAGAGUAGGGUAACAUCUCGCAGCAAGAACUGGCAAAUCUGGUGCAGUCCAUGAGGAGGAGAUGACUGCAGUAUUUAAUGCAGCUGGUGGCCACAGCAGAUACUGACUGUUACUUUUGAUUUUAACCCCUCCUUUGUUCAGGGACACAUUAUUCCAUUUCUGUUAGUCACGUGUCUGUGAAACUUGUUCAGUUUGUCUUAGUUGUUGAAUCUUUGUUCAUAC